GCGAUUUCCUCCAGUUGUUGGUGACCUUCCGCCUCCCUGCGGCAGACUGGACCUUCCGUUUGAAUUUCUCGGCCCUCCGGCGGCAGCUUCCGUGACCUCUGCCCCCCACGACGUUACCCUCAGUAGGAUAUAUCAGCCACAUGAAAGCAGGAAACAAAACAGGAAUUUUAGUGUUCACCCUCCUUGGACUCUCUGAGGAUCCAGAACUGCAGCCCCUCAUCUUUGGACUGUUCCUCUCCAUGUACGUGGUUACUGUGCUUGGGAACUUGCUCAUCAUCCUAAUCAUCAGCUUUGACUCCCACCUCCACACCCCCAUGUACUUCUUCCUUUCCAACCUGUCCUUGGUUGACAUCUGCUUCAGCACCACCAUAGUCCCCAAUAUGCUGGUGAGCAUCCAGACAGAGAACAAAGCCGUUUCCUACAUGAACUGCCUCACUCAGGUGUAUUUUUCCAUGUUUUUUCCUAUCCUGGACACCCUACUCCUGACCAUGAUGGCCUACGACCGGUAUGUGGCCAUCUGUCAGCCCCUGCACUACAUGGUCAUCAUGAACCCUCGUCUCUGUGGCUUGCUAGUUUUUAUUACUUGGUUCAUUGGUGUCAUGACAUCCCUCCUCCAUAUCUCUCUGAUGAUGCAUCUGAAUUUCUGUAGGGAUCUUGAAAUUCCACAUUUCUUCUGUGAGGUGACACAGAUCCUCAAGUUGGCCUGCUCUGAUACCUUCCUGAAUAGCAUACUGUUAUACUUUAUGACCGGUGUGCUGGGUGUGUUCCCCCUUUUGGGGAUCCUGUUCUCCUACUCAAGAAUUACUUCAGCCAUAAGGAAGAUGUCCUCAUUGCAGGGAAGGCAAAAAGCAUUUGCCACCUGUGGGUCUCAUCUCUCAGUCGUUUCUUUAUUUUAUGUGACAGGCAUUGGGGUCUACUUCACUUCUUCGAUGACUCACUCUUCCCAGGAAGUCUCAGUGGCCUCAGUGAUGUACACUGUGGUCACCCCUAUGCUGAACCCCUUCAUCUACAGCCUGAGAAACAAGGAUGUAAAGGGCGCCCUGGGAAGGCUUCUUAGCAGAGCAGUCUCUUGUCUGUGAUAAAUCUAUUGGUCCUGGGACUGAGAAGGUUUGUGAGUACCAGUGGCAAACGCUUUUAUUCCGAAGUUCUUACACUUGAAUAUCUCAGAGGAUCUUAUUCUUUUAUCCAGUUCUUAAGGACCUAUGAAUGUGCUCUCUCUCAGUUUUUUACACACAUUUAAACAACUAAUCUCUGAGUAACUUCUUUGAUGACUUUUUUGUCCUGUUGGUUAUCAAAAAUUAUCUCCUUGGUCUUAUUCCUUACCUUCACACUCGUGAGUUCUAAACUUGCAUUUAAGGCAUUUACUGUAUCUUUGUUAUCUCAAAUGUUGGCCUAGAGAGUUUAAAGUGAUUGCUCACUUUUAUUUCUAUGUGUUUGAUUGUGAAUUGUGUU